GUGAAGGACACACAUCACAUUACUGUACCUAGUAUACCAGCCUGUCGGUAGCUAGGCGUUCUUUUAAAGUUGGGGUAUCAGGCAGAGACCUGCAGAGGCAAGAGACUGUGCCGUCUUACGGGGAGAUUCAUAGGUGACGCAUUGAGCCUGACCCACGAGUUUGCCACUCACCUUUUGUAGAUUCUAUCCUUACCUCCCUUACCUCUUCUCGCCUCUGUAUUUUAGGCAACUAGUAGGUGGCAAACAUAGAGCAAACCUGUCUGGAUAUAUAUUCUAUAAGACGCACAGGAUCCGACUACUUGUCAUAUUUAACGACGCUGCCGACGUCGGCCGUAUCAUAUCUCCCGUAUCGGCGCCUACCUUCUACUUUAUAGACCAUUUACCAGACAGAUUUCAUUAAUUCUUUAGACACGACAUUUCUUGAAGUGCAAUAAGGGUCGCUCGGUGAAAAUAAUGGACAUAACCUCUCUGAUCAAGGGGAUGAUCCCAGAGGCAGUAGAAAAUGUCACAACUACCGGCAACACAUCAGCAUCUCACAGCAUGCCCGCCAACGUCGUCGAAAGUAUACUGCCACUCAUAGGCUUGAAGGGAUUUGCUCCGAUGUAUCGAUUCAUUGGGAGCUGGCUCGGUUGGGAUCCGACAGCCCUACUGACUGUGUUAGGUUUUAUAUGGGCCACCAAUAAGGUUGUUCGGCAGAUAUAUUACUUUCUAUACGGACUAUUCACAGAUCAUCUGAUGAGUUCUAUUCAUGUCAGUAGCACCGAUGACAUAUACAUGCACUUGAUGCUCUGGCUUUCCAAACAACCAAGAAUGGUAAACUCUCGAUACUUGAUGGCCGAGACCGCGAGUAAAACGGCCUGGGAGGACGAGGACGAAUCUAUGGUAGCACGCGAUCGUUCAGGCUUAUACCUCAAUUUCUCCAAUCAAGAGGCAAGAGCGAGGCCGCAAUUCAUCCCGGCUUUGGGACUGCAUAGUUUCUGGUGGAAAAGCCAGUACUUCAAACUUAACCGUAAGAAGGAAUCUGUCUUCGAUGAUGGUGCGAGCAGCGGCGGAUUCAGCGCUUUCAAGGACAAGGAAGACCUCACAAUAUCGUGUCUAGGGAGAAGCCCCGAACCGAUCAAACAGCUUCUAGCCCAUGCAAAAGAGCAGUACUACAGUGCCCAUCAAGCCAGGACAAUUGUAAAGCGACCGUUGCCGGGAUACAUGCGUAGAGCGCGGAAUAAUUGGCAACAAGUCGCUAACAGACCGGUACGAGAGAUGAAGACGGUUGUUCUCGACCAUCAGCAGAAACUUCAAGUCCUCGCCGAUAUGAACGAAUAUCUACACCCCGAGACCCCGCGAUGGUAUGCUAACCGUGGAAUACCACUCCGUCGAGGGUAUCUCUUUCACGGCCCCCCAGGCACUGGAAAAACAUCACUGUCGUUUGCACUAGCCGGCGUGUUCGGCUUAGACAUCCACGUCAUUUCUCUUCUUGAGCCAACUUUGACAGAAGAAGAUUUAAGCAGCCUAUUCAGCACGCUGCCGCGCCGCUGUGUAGUACUGCUCGAGGAUAUUGACACAGCCGGUCUUCGACGCCCAGUCGACGAGCUUCGGGCCGCAGAAAGAGCUUCGAAGAAAGAGAAAGAGAACCCGAGCAAGGAGGAAUCAAGCAAGACCACAUCGAGCGACAUCAAGGAGCUUGCCAAGGUUCUCAAGAAAGAAACGGAGGAUAAGAAGGGCAUUUCGUUAUCAGGUCUGCUCAAUGCCAUCGAUGGCGUAGCUAGCCACGAGGGCCGCGUCCUUAUCAUGACAACUAACGUCCCAGAGAGCCUCGACGAAGCACUGAUCCGGCCGGGCCGUGUUGACCUGCAAGUUGAAUUCACGUACGCCACGAAAGAGCAGGCCAGGGAGCUGUUCAUCCGCAUGUACGAGGGCGAUCAAGGCCGACCACAGCGCCUCGAUGAUGCCAAACCUGUUCCCAACGGAACCGCUGUUACGUCCAACGAGAAAGUGUCAAGGCCCGCUAACGGUAGCGUGUUGUCCCCCGAGACGUCAAGCGCGCUGCGCUCGGGCGAGCUUGAUAUCACCAUCGACGAACUCCCGGAGAUUGCGCAUCAGUUCAGCGAGAAGAUCCCUGAUGGCGAGUUCUCGCCCGCCGAGAUCCAGGGCUACCUGCUCAAGCGCAAGAAGCACCCUCGCCGCGCCCUCGAGGAGACGGACAAAUGGGUCGCGGCGUUGAUCCAGCAGAAAAUGAACCGGACCAAGAUAUCACAGGUUCAGUAAAGGGGCAUGGAAUUUGGCGGUUUGCAGUGAGUGUGCAUGAUGAUGAGAUAUGGCUGAAAAUACUGAAGAAGAAAAAAA